AGGAGGAAGGAAGGGAAGGGGAAGGGAGGGGGCGGCGAGGAGGGCUGAAUUGAUUAUUCCAUUGUGUUGGAAGGCAGCCGCCAGGUCCGGAGAGCGAGGGAACGAGGCAGGCUGGGAGGCGGACGAGUGUAAAUCAAUGGGGAAGCCCCGGCGCGGCGAACCCCAUCGAUUUUUGCCUGCCUGAGCUGAGCGAGGCGCGGCGCGGAGCAGCAGCAGCAGCAGCCGCCAGACGGAGGAGCGCUGAGCACUGAGCCUGCCUGCCUGCCUGCCCGCCCGCCCGCCGCCCCCACCCUCUCACCCAUCCACCCACCACCACCACCCACCCCGGCGGCCAGGAGCGUCAGCGCCUGCUGGUCCCCCUCGCUCUUCCCGCGGAGGUGGUCUCGGCUCUCGUGCUGAGAUGACCCCUCCGUGCCCCUCGCGCCCGCACCGCCAUGGACGCCCCCUCUAACUCUGCCUCCUCCUUCUGCUCCUCCGCUGCUGUCCCACCGGCCGAUGGGCAGGAUGACAGGGCCGUGGUCCGGCCCGCUCAGGACUCUCCUGCCUCUCCAGCCACCAAAGAACCCCCCCUCUCGGACCCUGCCUCCUCCCCCGCUUCCCCCUCUCCUGACGAAACCAUGAGGCCCGGCACUGGUUCCCAGGCAGCAUUCAGCUCCGCGAAGCUCCCGGCAACCAUCUUGUCCACGCCACAACUCCAAGCGGGCUUCGGCCUCGGGACACCAAACCCGUCACUGUUCCCCCAAGAAACACCCCCUGGGGAAGAUGGGAAGAAGGAAGAAGCAGAUGGAGACGGAGAGGAGGAAGAGGAUGGCGGGAACGAGGCCCAGCUCUUCUUCUCUGUGGACGGCUCAGCCUAUCUCCUCAGCGGCGGCCAUGUUCUCUUACCAAAGGGCUCCCCUAGCACCACAACUCCCCCGGUGUCCAUCCUCCACGUCCAGUGCGGUGGAGGCCCUAACCAAGGCUUUAUGUCUACUGACCAAAUGUCCCAGAAUACCUCAGCGCCAGACGAGUGGUCCCCUCACGGCGCCUUCUACAGUUACCGACUGGCCGGGGCCCCCGCUCGAACCACAUCUGCCAAAAACGCUCCCACCAAACCCAAAGAUGCCCCCACCGCCCAUGCGGAGGACGAGGAAGACCCCCAAGGGGAAGCCAACCUUGGCCAAGAGGAGGAGCGAACACGGCCACCCAUCUGGCUUUGCCUAAGAUGCCGCCUCUCUUUCCAUCGGGGCCGCUCCCUGGCGACUCACAUCUGCGUGGCCCACGGAGUGCAGCUGAGCACCAGCCAAUGCCAGGCCCUGUCCAGAGGGGCUUCUGCUGCGUUCCAGGGCACCACAGUUGGCUUCCUAGAACCAAAUAACCCCACCACCAAGGCAGACCUCAAUGCCAGAAUGUGUAGCAGAUGGGUGAAUGUAAAGGAAGAGAAGAAAGAGGAGGAGGAGGAGGAGGAGGAGGAAGAGAGCCCAGAAGGACAACGUGAGCCACCCGAUGCCAAAGAUUCAAGGGUCGGCGGUGCGCACUGGGUGAAAGGGGGCAUCAAGGACAAACCAGAAAGAGAGGAGGAGGAGGCAGACAAAAAGAAAGCGGAAGGGAGGUUUCUCCCAGACCAAAGCUCACGUGGCCAAAGCCCACCCACAGGUACAAACCCCUCCCUCUCAGAGACGCCACAGAUGAAGGCAAACGCUUGUGAUAUCACAGUUAACGCCGGGUCGGCCAAGGAAGAUAUCAGCAUGGAGUUGGCCAACCAAGUCGCGGAGCUGGCCAAUGAAGCGGCGAAUGUAGGAUUGGCCCGUGAAGUCGCCCGUGCAGAGUCAGCUGGGGAUGUCGACAAUGCCGGAUCGGCCACCAAAGUCACUACUGAUGGCCCGGCCAAUAGUGCUGGGCUGGCCCCCGAGGCCAGUGCCCCCGAGCUGGCCCACAGCAUCAGCAACGUCGGGAUCGGCAGUGACAUCGCCGGCAUCGGGUUUGAGGUCAACAACGGAGUCGGCAACAACAGCCACAAUGGAGCGCCUCCCCUUUCCUUCGGGGAAGAUUUUACCGCCAUGGCCUACUCUGGGUUGACGCUCUCCGGCCACAUGUCCCUGCUCCACUCGCGCAACUCCUGCAAGACGCUCAAAUGCCCCAAGUGCAACUGGCAUUAUAAGUACCAGCAGACCCUGGACGUGCACAUGAAGGAGAAACACCCCGAAAACAACAGCCACUGUGCGUACUGCAGCACGGGCGGGCCGCACCCCCGCCUGGCCCGAGGCGAGAGCUACAACUGCGGCUACAAGCCCUACCGCUGCGAGGCCUGCAACUAUUCCACCACCACCAAGGGCAACCUCAGCAUCCACAUGCAGUCCGACAAGCACUUGGCCAACCUGCAGGGCUACCAGGCCACAGGCGGCAGCGGGGCUCCCUCGGCGCCCCCUCCGGCGGCCCCCACCCCCUCCUCCCCCGAGGAGAAGGAGGCGAAAGGCAAGUCGUCUUGGCAGUGCAAAGUCUGCAGCUACGAGACCAACAUCUCGCGCAACCUGAGGAUCCACAUGACCUCCGAGAAGCACAUGCAGAACAUGCUCCUGCUCCACCAAGGGCUGCCCUUGGCCCUGCCUGGGCUUCUGGGGCAGCCUCAGCCCCCGGCGGGAGGCAAGCCACAGCCAGAGCUCUUCCAGUUCUACGGGGCGCAGGCCCUUGGCCACUCUCAUCACCCACAUUCCCACCAUGCUCAUCCGGGGGGGAACCCAGCCCUGCGAGGGGAGAAGUCAAUCGAGCCAAGCCAGCUCUUACUCAAUGGGGCCUUCUCACACCACAGCGCCGCCAGCAGGAAGGUGGCCACUUUGGGGUCAGCCCCCGUGUCCCUCUCUCCGGAGCCGGCCCCGUCUUCCCCGUUGCCACCCCACUCCAGAUCAGACCUGGGAGCCCCCCAGCGGCUGUUUGGCUGCUUAGUCUGCCAAGUGUUCAGCACCGACAGCCUGGAGGCGCUCGUGAGGCACGCGUCGGCACCGCGCUCGCUGCCCGAGGCCGAGUGGAAGGAGGUGUCGGGCGACUUGCAUCGCUGCAGGCUCUGUGCUUACGGCACCCAGCUGAAGGCCAACUUCCAGCUGCACCUCAAGACCGACAAGCACGCCUUGAAGUACCAGCUGGCCGCCCACCUGCGCGAAGGGGGUGGUGCUGGGGCCCACCUGGGGGCGGAGCUCCCCCUUGGCCCGCCCCUUCACCUGCACUGCAACCUCUGCGAAUACGAGACCAACAGCAAGGAGAAGAUGCGGUUACAUGUGGCAGGCACUGGCCACCAGGAGGCGCUGCAAGGUUACAAGUUCCUCCUGGAAAUGGAGGCCACCUCACCGGGCCCUGACCCUGCCCAGUUCCGCUGCCUCCUGUGCAACACCGACACUCCCAACCGCCUGGUGAUGAUCCAGCACCUCCACUCUCCUCAGCACCGUGACACCCACGGCCAGUGGCGCCUCCAGCUGCUCCAGAACGGGGAAGGCACUCCCGGCCUCGAGAGAUACAUCUGCUUCGCCCCUGCAACCCCCUCCGGGAAGGAAAUCAUGCCAGAAACCUCAUCCCCUGAAAAGGAAAUGCAGAAUAAAGCCCAGAUGCCUGGCUCUGAUGAGACGGAAACGAAAGCUGGAAGUGUGGGCGACACCACCGUCUUCUGCUGUCCAUACUGCAACUUCGUCGACCAGUCGGCAGAAGCCGUGCGGGCUCACACCGUCUCCCAGCAUGCUGUGCAGCCCAAGUUCCGCUGCCCGCUGUGCCAGGAGCAGUUGGUGGGCCGGACCAACCUCCACUUCCACCUCAGCCACAUCCACAAUGUGGUCCCCGAGUGUGUGGAGAAGCUACUGCUGGUGGCCACCACUGUGGAAAUGACCUUUGCCACCAAAGUUGUACCUGGCCUCAGCCUGCCCCCUGAGCCACCAAAGCCAGGAGGGACACCCAGCUCAGAGCAAGGGGGUGGAAAUGAAUCCGAAAGCCCCCUUGUUGCACCAACCAUGGGGGAAAAGCCCUCUCCCGCGCCUGUGCUUCGCCCCGAAACGCCACCCGCCUCUGCUGCCUCCCCAGCACCCUCUGCUGACCCUCCUGAGAAGCCACCGCCUGCCUCUCCCACUCCUCCUGCAGCUGCUCCUCUGGAAUCCGAAGAGGAAGAGCCACCUCGUCCAAACGCCCCUCCCGAAGAGCAGCCGCUCCCGUCGCACACCCCGACUGAGCUCCCGGAGGUCUCGCCACUCGCCCUGCCCAGCCAAGACCCCCGCCACCCCCUGUCCUAUCGUAAGGCAACCAAUUUCGCCUUAGAUAAGUUCCUGGACCCUGCUCGCCCGUACAAAUGCACGGUCUGCAAGGAAUCCUUCACCCAGAAGAACAUCCUCCUGGUGCACUACAACUCUGUCUCCCAUCUACACAAGAUGAAGAAGGCUUCGGCUGACCCUUCAGCGCCAUCCCGGGGCGAGCCAGGCACCCCUGGGGCUCUCCAGCCGUCCUCGGACAAGCCCUACAAGUGCACCACCUGCCGGGUCUCGUACAACCAGAGCUCCACCUUGGAGAUCCACAUGCGGUCGGUCCUGCACCAGACCCGCUCACGGGUAGCCAAGAUGGAAGCUGCCGGGAAAACAGAGAUGCCGUCGGCCGAAUCGGAACCCCCGAGCGAGAUGCUGUUGGAACCCGAGGCCCCUAAACUCCUAGAGGCUGGCUGCGUGCAGGUGCCGGCUCUCCCGUUUCUGGCCCCAUCCACAGCAGAACUGCAGCGUUUCCCCACACCCCUGUUUACGCCACCGCUGCUGCCGCCCUUUCCCCUGGUGCCAGAAUCCCUCCUGAAACUGCAGCAGCAGCAGCAGCAGCAGCUCCUGCUCCCCUUCUAUCUCCACGACCUCAAGGUGGCCCCCAAGCUGGCUUUAGCGGCCCCAGCACUGACCCUCCCGACCACUCCACCCGUACUGUUGCCACCUCCACUGGCCAAGGAAGAGCAGGCACCUGCAGCCAGCAGCUCCAAACCGGAGCCAGCCGAAGAGACCGAAGCAGAGGAGACCGAGGGGGGUCAGCCAGGGAACGAGGCCUCCCGCACAGCGGCCAAGGCCCUUCUGGAGAACUUUGGCUUUGAGCUCGUGAUCCAGUACAACGAGGGGAAGCAGCCGGCAGCAGCAGCCCCAGCUGUCCCCCCUCGCCCCCCUGCGGGCAAGCUGCAGUGUGGGGCGUGUGGCAAACAGUUCUCCAACAUGCUGAUCCUGAAGACACACGAGGAGCACGUGCACCGGCGCUUCCUGCCUUUUGAGGCGCUCAAUCGCUACGCUGUGCAGUUCCGGAAGAGCUAUGAUAGCAUGUAUCCACCACCCCCACCACCAGUGCUCCCUACUGAGACGACGACUACUACUGCCGCCGCCGCCACUGCAGCCGCCGCCACCGCCACUGAGACCCCCACAGUCACUGUUACACCAGCCUCCGUGCCCCUGGAGAUCCCCUCCCUCUGCCCUCCUUUUUUAAUGCAACCCAUGCCCGUGGUAGUGCCACCCCCAGAAGGCGAGACUUCUCGGGUGUCUCCUGAACGCUUGAAAUCUCUGUGGUUUCGAGGCGAGGAUGAGGAAGGAGGUGGCGCAUCUGUGGUUCUUGACCCUGCCCGAGGGGGCUUCCCCACCACUCGGCGCUUCUCUCGCACCAAAUUCACAGAGUUCCAGUCUCAGGCUCUACAGUCCUUCUUUGAGUCCAGCGCAUACCCCAAAGAUGGCGAAGUCGAGCGGCUGUCGGUGCUCUUGAGCUUACCAAACCGAGUCAUUGUGGUUUGGUUCCAAAAUGCACGCCAGAAGGCCCGGAAGUGUGGAGGAAGUGAAGCCGGAGUGGUCAGCGGGAGCACGGCAACCCAGCACUCCUGCAAGAAAUGCCGGACGUCCUUCCGCUGUAUUUUUGAGCUUGUAUGCCACCUCAAGAAGUGUUACAAUGACCAGCCAGAAGAGGGGGAAGGAGAUUGCGCCGAGGAAGAGAAUGAGGCCCCUGAAGAAGAGGAGGAGGAGCAGGACCAGGAGCAGGAGGAGGAGGAAGAGCAGCAGAAGCUUCCAGCGACAGAUGAAGAAGUUAAGAUGGAUGGUGCUGGAGAGAAAUCCCCGGAGGAAGAGCCAACAGCACCAGCAGCACCUCCAAACACAUCAAGCGCCCAUCCCUGCGACCAGUCCACAGCCAAGUUCUCAAGCACUGACCUCAUCAGCAUCCAUUGUGUCAGUCACAUGCCGGCAGCUGGUCCUCCACCGGCCUCCGCUGGGCCACAACCACCCCUGGACUUGCCUUCAUUAGUCUUUGGGGAACGCGUUGUCCAUCCCGAUUCUUCUCGUGCACAGAAGCGGAAGCACGAGGAUGGGAGCUUGUCGCCCACUGGGAGCGAGUGCGCCAGCGUGGCAGGAGGGGAUGGCGAGCCGCCGCGGGACAAGCGCCUACGCACCACCAUUUUGCCAGAACAGCUGGAGAUCCUCUAUCGCUGGUAUAUGCAGGACUCCAACCCUACCCGGAAGAUGCUCGACUGUAUCUCAGAAGAAGUUGGGCUCAAAAAGAGGGUCGUCCAAGUCUGGUUCCAGAACACAAGAGCCCGCGAGAGAAAGGGCCAGUUUCGGUGUAGUGCCAGCACUGUCAACUCGACCAGUAAGCCCUCACCAGCGCUUCCCACCACCUUCCCAAAGUUCAGCCCUCCACCGCGAGAGCCAUCCAUCCAUUAUGGAGCUGCCUUCACGCCCAGCCUCCCUGUCACUAGCCUGCAGCCACCAGCAGCCAAGCCAGAAGUCCCUGCCGAUUCUCAAAUGCAGGAAGAACCAGCUGAAGAAGAGGUGCCCAAGGAGAAUGAAGAACGGAGCCUGUCAGGAGGAGAACUGAGCGAUUCGUCAUCUUCUUCUUCUUCUUCGUUGGCCGAUCUGGAUUUCUCUGGCAGCCGCCGAAGUCGAGCAACUGGAGAUGGUGGGAUUGGAGGACUACAUGAUUCUCUGGGCCAACGUCGCUAUCGCACACAGAUGUCCAGCCUUCAGCUUAAGAUCAUGAAGGCUUGUUAUGAGGCCUACCGAACUCCCACCAUGCAGGAGUGUGAGGUGCUGGGCGAGGAGAUAGGGCUGCCCAAGCGGGUGAUUCAGGUGUGGUUUCAGAACGCUAGGGCCAAAGAGAAAAAGGCCAAGGCUGCUAUCGGUGGUGGUGGUGACGAGGGGCCUCCCAGCACUCAGACUCAGUCUGAGUGCCUCUACUGUGAGGUCAAGUAUGAUUUCUAUGUAUCCUGCCGUGGACAUCUCUUCUCCCGCGGCCACCUCGCCCGACUCAAGGAGGCCAUCAAGGCCCAGCUCAAGAGCGAGAGCAAGUGCUAUGAGCUUGUGCCUGACAAAGGGACACCAUCCCCAACCAGUCUGGGUGCCUCUAUGCCUCCCACCACUGUGCCAUCCUCCCUUGGGAGUAUGGCCCCCUUUGUGCCAGGCCCUUCCUCCUCCUCCUCCUCUGGGGUUCUGAGCUCCCCUUUGGCCUCCACACAGCCGGGCCUCCCCUUACCUCAACGCUUCACGCCAGAACCGGCUCAACAUGGCUCCUCAGCAGAACCUGCACCUGCUCCAGAGACCUCCCCAAGCGAUGGUCAGACGGACCCCGCUUCGAGUGUGACCCAAGAACCCUCCUUAUCCUCCACUGCCACGCUGAAGAACCUCAAGACACUGAAGGCCGCAGUGCCGGCCCUCCUGGGUGGCCAGUUCCUGCCCUUCCCCCUGCCAGCAGCCACAGCAGCAGCCCCCUCACUUUUUGGAGCCCAGCUGCCCGGGGCCUACUUCCAGCAGCUUUAUGGCAUGAAGAAGGGGCUCUUCCCCAUGAACCCUGUCAUACCUCAGACACUCAUGGGGCUGCUGCCCAGCCCACUGCUCCCGACACCCACGCCCGAGCCGCCCGUCGAGGUGUCCGAGGCCCCCGGCAUCUCUACCGUUGACGUGACUCACCAGUACCUUUGCCGCCAGUGCAAGGCAGCCUUCGAGAGCGAGGGGGCGGCUGCAGCCCACCAGGCCGCUUUCUGUUACUUUGGGCGCCAGCCGCCAGCAGCUCCACCCCCUCUGCGUGUGCCUGUGUGCACCUACCACUGCCUGGCCUGCGAGGUGCUUGUGAGUGGGCGAGAGGCCCUGGGGGCCCACCUACGUUCCAGCGCUCACCGGCGCAAGGCCGGCUCCAACGCAGCAACCGCAUCGGUGUUUGCCAAAGAGGAAUCCAAAUUACCUCACUCGGACUCCAACCCAAAAAGUAACGCUACCUCUACGACACUACUAGCUUUAUAGAGACGGAUGCCACACUGCCACCAAUCGAGAGAGAAUGACUAACCAACCAGCCAGUGGAGGGAUGGGCACCUACUUGGAUGCCCCCUCUACCCAUAUCCAACAACCAUCAGUCAACACCCAACCCAACCCAACCUCUACCCUUUCUUACUGACAGCAAGGAAGAAGGGUCAGUACGUUUGAGAGAUGGCCAGCUGCCCAAAACACCCACUGACCUGAAGCAAGACCCUAUCCUAGCCUACUGGCAGCCAUGUGGGCAAGCGAAAUACAACUGCCCCGCCCCAGCACUGCCCCUCCCAAGAGAAGAGUGUCUGGCCUGGAGUUGAAUUACAAAUGCAGACCACUCAUCAAGGAGCCCCAUUCCCGAACAAUGCUCAGUUCAGAACUGCCUUGUCCUCUUUAGAGCAUGUCCCUUUCCUUUGCCCAACCCAAUCCUUUUGACCUGCUGCCCCCCCCCAAGACUCUUGCCAACUUGGCUGCUCUGCAAGCUAAACCAUCCCUUCCACAUGCCCCUACCCUGCAUAUCAGCCGAUACAGACUCCAUGCCUUUCCUCCCUUCUCCAAAGGAAAACAGGACAUCCACGCCUGCCCAAAUCCACCAUGGCUGCCAGCCCAAACCCUCCCCCUUGCUUAUCCUUCGUGAUUCCCUCCUAUCUACCUGUGUAUUCCAGAGUCUUCCAUCUCCUGUGGCAUACACAUGUACCUCACCUGUGAGCGAGACAUGAGAGACUGUCAUUUCCCCCACAUGUCUACAUUCUGGACUCUCGGUGUCCUCCCUCCCACCAUUGCUAGACAUUUUUCACAUUUCCUGUCAGGAACAUCUCAAGAUGAUCCCGGCCAUGUUGACAUCUUCAGAUGUUCCUCAAACAUGGGGCUUCUCACCUUCACCGGUGAGCUCUUUUCCCCCUCCCAAGCUUUCGUAGGUGAGAGUUGCGCCGUCUCUCUCUUCCCAUCAGAGCAAGCCUCCCCAAACUCCUUCCUCUUGCCUCACACGUCUCCCCUGCACAUUGCCACAUGUGGCCCAAAGCUCUCCCCUGACCACACACACACGUGCUAGAGCCACCCCUCUCUGUUCACCCCCUUUGACAGCUGCUGGCACAAUUUCGACACCCAUCUUGCCCCUCAAGCACCCACACCUCUUCCUCCCUCUCUCGCUCUCGCUCACUCUCGCACACACGCACACCUGUUAGAGCUCCCUCUCUCACUCACCUCCCACACUUCUACUGUGUUACCGACUGAGAAAGGCCAAAAAAAAAAAAAGCAAAGCAAACAAAAAGAAUGGACAGAAAGAAAGAAAAUUAUUAACCCAAGGAGACAAAAACUUAAGGGGGGAGGGGGGCAAAGAUGAGAAACUGAGUCUCCCCCGCCCUCCAACCUUCCCACAGCAUGCGCUGCCCCAUUGUGUAUAAUAAUUACCGUCAAGGAAGGACGGACAGACUCCCGAACUGUUGAUGGAUUUGAACGACUUGAACAGCAACCAAACAGGGGAAGAAAGAGGCGUGCCUCUCUUCUCUCCCCCCAUUUCCCCCUUCUCUCUCUCUCCUCCUCCUCCUCGUCCCCAGUUGGGCCUUUACCUCCACCGGGGAACCAAAUAAAACCGACAACCUCGCUGUCUUUUUCCUCCUGAUAGACGUGACUUCCGUCUCUGCGCGGGGAAACGACACAAAAUCUACUCCAAUGGCUUUAAAAAAAAAAGGGGAAAGAAAAAACCAAGAAGGAACCUCCCGUCACAUGCACUGUGUGCUGACGUUCUCACAAAAAAAGAGAAAAAAAAGAAAAAAAAGAACACAAACCCUCUUUAUGAAUCCAAAGCUCUUAAAAAAAAAAAAAACUUCUAUACAAUAACCAAAAAGAAAACCCAACAGUGAGAGAGAGAACACCCACCAACAAAAAGGAAUAAUAAAAAGCAAACUGGAAAAUAUUUAAAAAAGACAUAAGAUGAAGAAGAAAAUUAACCCCUCACAUUUUUCCUCCUUUGUGUCAAUUCUUUUGGGGUUUGUUUUACUGUUCUUUUCAUUCCUGCCUCCCUGCCAAGUGUUUUUGACGCCCUCCCACCCAAACAAAGAUGGACGUGAAUUUUAAGAAGUUGAUGAAAGUGGGAACCUGUGGGGUAAAAGAAGGGGAUUUAAAAAAAAAUAUUCUAGAAACCCACACAAAUAACCAAACUACAUAUGCGGUGUGAAGGAGAGAUGGGUUUCUUCAGUGGUCCACUCUCUGGACCACCCUGCUUUUCUCAGACCCCCUUCACCCCACAACUCUACACCCCAGAAUCGGGGGGGGGAUGUCUUUCUGUUGUGUAUUUAAAGGGGGGGAUGGGGAACGAUUAAAAAAAUAAAAAGAAAUAAAAAUUAUAUUAAAGAGAUGAUGUGAAAAAAAUGCAAGAUGUGCUUUUGGCAGAAGAUGGUGGUCAAACAGCAAAAAAUGGGAUUUGUGUUGGAAGAAGCAAGAAUAAUAUUGUUCUUUUCCAGGUGGUAGGAGUCACUUGUGUAAAGGAAUCUGGAUUCUUUUUUUGAAAUGCACACAUUUCAGCAGUCAAUUCUUCCUUUGGCUCCACCUCCUCAAUACCAACUGUACCUUUUUCUUUCUUUCUUCACUCUCAGUCCCAUGUUCUGUAUAUCCUAAACGCUCAUGUGUACUCAA